UCCAAUCAUCGAAUAAUAAGGACGCUACUAUAGGAGUUGAGAAAAUAUUUCUAUCUAUCCUCAACAAAAUAACCACUGAGAAUAUUGCUCUAUUGACGGAGAGUAUUAUUUCGCUACCAGUGAAUACAGAUGUUUGUCUAAAAAAAGUUGUGGAAAUGUUGUUCCAAAAGGCCAUAGACGAACCGAUAUUCUGCCCCCAAUAUGCACAUAUCUGUUUGUUAAUGAAAAACAUAGAAGUUGAUUCGAAAGAGCAAGAAUGUGGCACCACAACGUUUAGAAAAGUUUUGGUUAGAAUGUGUCAAAACGCGUUCGAAUCGAUCAUUGCCCAGAGUCGAAUGAUGAUUAAACACAGCAUUGAAAAAAGGAAGAAACGAACCCAAGAAAAAAUUGACCAAAACGAUGUUGUUUAUAGAAAACGUUCCAUUGGUUACUGCAGGUUCAUGUGCGAACUAUUGAAAGUUGAGAUAUUAAUACCUCAAAUACUAGAUGUAUGCGUGGCGAAACUAGUGAAAAGUCCAAAAGAAAUACCACUCGAAUGCUUGUGUAUUAUAUUGAAACACGUUGGAAAGGAAAUAGACCAUUACAGUGUGUUCGAAAAGCUUUACGAGUACUCGUCCGAGUGCAAGUCGAAAUUGUCGGCAAGGAUACGGUGUAUGAUCCUAGACACUAUAGAUCUGAAGAAUAACAGCUGGGUGCAACGUCAUCGCAUCGAAGAGACAACAUUAUUACACGAAAAAAGAGAAUAGACUUCCACCAAAUCUUCGAACAAAUGGCACUCGAGGUAAUUUUCAUCCAUAGAAUUUAAAUUUUUACUAGAUUGUUUUCGUCGUUUGCCAAUAA